AUGCUGAGUCCUAACAAUUAUUCCGUGAAUUUAUUAGAAGUGAUGGAGAAAACUGGAUACCCAAUAGUCCAGAAAAAUGGCCAGAGAAUAUUCGGCCCUCCGCCAGAUUGGGUUGGACCUCCACCGCCGCGAGGCUGCGAAGUAUUUGUUGGUAAAUUACCACGCGAUGUAUUUGAAGACGAGCUAGUGCCCAUCUUUUCCAAGGUCGGGAAAAUCUAUGAGUUACGUCUUAUGAUGGAUUUUUCUGGAUCCAAUAGAGGAUACGCCUUCGUUACCUACGCUACCAGAGCAGAAGCAGUUGCUGCUAUCAAAAAGUUGGCCAACUUUGAGAUCAGGCCACGGAGGCAUAUUGGAGUUGUGGAGUCCGUGGAUAACUGCCGUCUUUACAUAGGAAAUAUUCCGAAGGAUGCUACGAAAGAGGAGGUUUUCAAGGAAUUAAGUAAUCGUGUACCCGGAAUGGUCCGGGUCAUAAUGUAUAAGAACUGUUUUAAUCGAAACCAAAACAGAGGAUAUGCUUUUGUGGAGUUUGUUUCCCAUCGCGCAGCAGCUAUGGCCCGACGAGUGCUGGUCCCGGGAUGUGUCCGAAUGUGGAACAGAGAUAUCAUGGUGGACUGGGCAGAGCCUGAACCAGAGGUUGAAGACGAAGAAAUGAGCCGGGUUAAAGUGUUAUAUGCCCGUAAUUUAAAAAUUCGAACUGCACCCGACACAAUAAAGGCGGCUAUCGAAGCUGCAAUCGAUAAGAAAAUAGAAAAAGUCAAGAAAAUUUGUGAUUAUGCGUUCAUUCAUUUCUACGAGCGCAAUGACGCCGUAGAAGCUUUUAAGAAAUUACGAAAUGUGAUUAUUGACGGAAGCCACGUUGAAAUAAAGUGGGCUAAGCCGGUGGAUAGUGAUCUCUAUCGCAUACAGAAGCUUAGGCGCGGCAAUGCGAAGUUUAAUACCAAUCUUAACUUAUCUCAAACCCUAUUGCUUUAUAAACAGCACCUCGAGAAGAACGAAUACGCAAGUUGCCCAAAAGAUGAAGGAAUCGGUUCCAGCUAUGCCCCAGAUUGUUGUUCCCCAGUUCAAUGUACGCCGUGUAUGCAAGAAGACUUCAUGACUGCACCAGCUAACCUUGAAUCUACUUGCAGCAGAUAUAUGUGGGCUCGCCCUACCUACAAGUUCCAUUCAUAUUUUGAUGCCAAUGGAAAAGAAAAUUAUGUGUGUGCAUUAGAACUGCCCCAUGUCGGAGGUCCAUUGUUCCAUCCUCCCAGAUCCUUGGGUCCGCUUUACUCGGUUCCAUGUUUAACAUUGCAACAAGCUCGGGUCUAUGCUGCUGCUAUAGCCUUACAAUCAUUAAAGCAACUUGGUGUAGAUCUCCUUCAAGUGACUGAUAAUCGAGUCUACCGUCCAAUACUGCAGUCGCUGCCUCAAACCUACAUCGGGCCUUGGGACUGCUCUCAGCCUGCGUAUUAUCCCACACUACCACCACCUACACCAGUAACAGUUCCCGCUACAUGGUAG